GCAAAAGCUAAAGUGACGCCGAAACUCUUGCAAGGGGAGGAGGCUGUCAAGGAAUUUGGAGACAAGAAAGGACAAUAGGGUAUGGAAAUAUUUGGAGGAAAGAGUAGGCUACUGCGAAGUUGAAAGUAAACUCGUUUCAUCCGUAGCGACUGCUAGUUGCGUCAGUGAGAGCAGGAGGAUUGAAUCUCAGGUAAAUGCGAAGGAGGCAGGUGCCACACAAUAUUAUAGUCCACGAAAUGUAACUACAGAGUGGUUCAGUUCAGUUCGUAGACUUUCUGAUAGUGGGUUAAAUAUAUGUAUCUGGGCUGAAAGUUUGGUCAGUAGACUAUAUCUUGGCUGUAUCUGAACCGCUGGGACUGUUUUUGGGACGUAAAAUAUCACGGAAGAAUGUAAUGGACUUAAGUGCCACGGACGCAGGAAUAUCUCAAUUAAUGCUACUGAUAAUGAUGAGCAACAUAUAUACUUUUGUGUCCGUUUACUUUCUGUAAUGGAGUGGAUCCGAUUUGCCUACCUGGUCCUUGGUGCUUUGAUGCGACCAGGCAACGCACACGUUUCUGGACCUGCCACAGUGUUGAACUGCUGUGAAGGGGACAUCCUGCUCUUGUUGGACUCCUCAGGAAGUGUGUCAUCCUAUGAAUUCUUGCGCCUGCUUCACUUCCUGUCCGAGCUUCUCCGGCCCUUUUCUCUGGGGUAUGGCCACGUAAGGGUGGGGCUUCUGCAGGUGGGCACAGAGCCACACCUAGAGUUUGGCCUGGAUGCCUACAAUUCCCAGACUGACCUACAGGGGGCCCUACUGAGGACCAGGCAGCUGCAGGGAGACACCAACACAGAGGCUGCCCUUCGACAGGUCCAGGGGGUGCUCACCAAGGCUGGGGGAGAAACAAAGCUUCCUAAGGUGCUGUUGUGGUUAACGGAUGGAGUCCAGCCUGGAAAUGUAAACAAACUAAUGGCAGAGUUAAGGAGAGAAGGUGUGGUUGUGCUGGCUGUCUCUACGGGACACGGGAACUACCAGGUGCUCCGGAACUCUGUGACUCCGCCAAUUGAGUCUCACCUCCACUUUAUAGACAUUGAUGACAUCAGCAUCAUUACUGACGACCUGAGGGAGGCCAUAAUUGAGCUUAUUCGUGCUGAGCGACUUCUAGUCACCCAGGUAACCUCCAGUAGGGCUGUGCUGCAGUGGCGCCCUGUCCUGAGCACCAGUACGGGCUACUACCAUCUCCGGUACACCCCUGUAGGGAAGGCAGAAAGUGGAGACCCCCAGGACGAUGCCAGCAGCCAGUACAUCCCAGGGGACAGCAGCUUGGUGGAGCUGACCAACUUGCAUCCAGAAACCACCUACGCAGCCUUUCUGACCCCUGAAUACAAUCAAGAGUACCUCAACACACUCACCGUCAGCUUCACCACCCUGCCAGACGUGUUGAGCCCUGCAGUGGUCUUGGUGUCAGAGUCUGGUCUUGACCGGGUGCGUGUGAGCUGGGGUCCCCUGCAGCCUAACAGAAUCCAGAGGUACAGGGUGGAGUAUGGAGCCAUUCCCAGCGGACAGGUUCAGAUAGUGAGCCUACGUGGAGAUAUUAACUCCACCCUGCUCACUGGCCUGCAGCCUGGCACUCAGUACUUGGUCACAGUCAGUGCCCUGUACUCUACCGGCACAGAGAAGGCUAUGUCUGCCAGGAUCUGCACGCAGGAAAUGCGUCCUGCCUUGAAUGACCUCAAGCUGAUCCCAGUGGGGCCUGACACGGUGCAAGUCGAAUGGCAUUGCCAGGAGGAGGGGCUUAGGGGCUACUGGCUGAACUGGCAGAAGAGUGAUACUCAGAGCUCCUCCCCUCUAGCAUCCUCCACCCUUUACCUGCCCCCUGGCUCCUUCUCUGCAAGCCUCACACGCCUGGCCCCCAGCACUAGAGUGUGUGUUUCCCCUGUUUACAACUCAGGCCGAGGGAAUGGGUUGUGCUGUACAACACAUACACACACAGCUUACAGGGGCAAUCAAUAAAAUUCUACAGCAAUUAAGGAAUGGAGUGAAUGGGAUAAAUCUGCCUUUUUCUUCAUUUUAAGUGCUUUAAUACCAACACAGUACUAUCAUGGAGUUUUUAACUCACCUCAUCAAACCACUCUGACUCACAACAACAUGUAAAGUGGAUCAUCAAAUGGAGGUCUUCUUGAUUAAGAUGAGCUCACACUAAGCUGUGGUUUCUGCAACAAGAUUCUACAGUGGAGAUCUGAGCAUAAUGGAUGGAUCAUGCAUUGACUCCAUUUGUCUUACACAAAGGGAAGAUGAGGAUUGAAGGAAAAAAUACGUCAUUUUAAAUGAAUGUCUUGCUUUGCUUUGUCAAUCAAGCAUGAUCCACAGUCCAAGCAUGACAUUGUUUGCAAUGGGUAAAGAGAAAAAAAUACAUAUUGAAGCAACAUGUAAAAACAUGCAUAGUAUCAAACAUACUAAUGUAAAUAAAACUCAAAGUACAAGGCAAAGUCAUAGAUUGAUGUACAAGUCAACUGUUCGCCAACUUGGCUUGCUUGGUCAUAGUGUCAUCUAGUGGAAAAUGUAUCUAUUGCAGGCUGUUAUUAGGCCAUUGAGGUAGGGUAUGUCAUUUUUUAAGAUCAUGACCAUUAUUCAAGUUAACAGUAAUGUAAACUUUAACAUUUUGUUGUAAUACCAGAAGUUAGACUGAUUAACAUCAGAACUAAUUGAGUUUGCUUCAUUAAUAGGAAAGCACUAUAGUUGUUUGUUGUAAUGUAAGUAGUGUGAUUGUCGUUUUUAAGGAAUUGACUACUAAGCAUUAAGAUCAUGAUUUACUGAAUAUACAUUAUUGUGUUUAAUCAAAGUGUUAACUAAGAUGGUAGUCUAGUUUAAGGUUUUCAAUUAUAUCAUAUCAUUUUGAUUUGGUUACUAUAUUAAUCUAUCAAUGAGUGACAGAAAUAUUACUACACUGUGUACGUGAAACACAAAUAGACCUGUAAAAGCUAUUCUUUUUGCCAACCCAUACUGAAUAUUAGAAUAAAGUGCAUUACAAUAAGUGCACAACUUACAUUAAAAAUACCCAAAUAAAUGUAUUCAUU